GCCUAUGUCAUGUGUCAUUGUCAUUACUCAAAUCAAAGUAGUAUAAAUUUUGUCAAUGUCAAUUCUUUGAAGAGCAGACGUCUUUCUUUUUUACCGUGUUUCCCCUUGGUAAAGUGAUAGUUCUAAAAUGGGGAAGGGAAAUAACAUGAUUCCCAAUGGCCAUUUCCAUAAGGAUUGGCAAAGAUUUGUUAAAACAUGGUUCAACCAGCCUGCUAGAAGGCAUCGUAGAAAGUUGAACAGAAUUAAAAAAGCUAAAACCGUAGCACCCCGCCCUGCUGCUGGACCCUUGCGUCCGAUUGUUCGUUGUCCUACUGUUCGCUACCACACGAAGGUCCGUGCCGGCCGUGGUUUUACUCUACGAGAAAUCAGGGUUGCUGGAUUGAGCCCUGCUUUUGCCAGAACAAUUGGAAUUGCUGUGGACCCACGCAGACGUAACAAGUCAGUUGAGUCCCUUCAAAUUAAUGUGCAACGUCUUAAAGAGUAUCGUGCCAGGCUUAUUCUAUUCCCGAAGGGUAAAAAGGUCCUGAAGGGUGAGGCAAAUGAAGAAGAACGCAAGUUGGCUACUCAACUCCGUGGACCAUUGAUGCCAGUACAGCAAGCAGCUCCUAAGUCUAUUGCUCGUGCAAUCACAGAUGAAGAAAAGGACUUCAAGGCCUAUCAGUACCUUAGAGGAGCUCGGUCUAUUGCCAAGCUCGUUGGUAUUCGGGCCAAGAGACUAAAGGACGCCGCUGAAAAUCCUGACGAUGUCACUAAGGCACCCACUGCUGUGAAAGAAGCGAAGCCUAAAAAGUGAUUUGUCUAAUAAAUAUUGCAUAAAUUCUUUUUCUUUUUA